GGUCCAUUGGAGAAUCCGUCUAUCCCCAUCUGUGAUAUAGAAUCCCCCAUUUAGCAUUAAUGCCCACCUACUUUUGAAGAAUCAAAGCAUCUCAGAAUUGCUUUAUUAUCUCACACCUAUGUCUUUGCGACAGGUGGAGAGAGGUGGCAAGCAGCUGAGUUGACUUUACCAGCCCAGAUCACAGUUUGGUAAAGAUCAUCGGACUCCAGACUCACAUCUCAAGUGGCUGUUUUAGUCAGCUGGUAUCCAAAAGAAGACUUUUUUUGUUGUUUCCACCAUUUUAUGAAGGACUGAAAAGGUAAACUUGUGACUUUUUCUCUGAAUCACCAACACCCCUCCUCAAGCAUCCACCAUGUGGGAGUUCCGGUCCAUGAAUUUUUGGCGGGCAGUCUUUGCAGAGUUCUUCGGGACUAUGUUCUUUGUAUUUUUUGGCAUGGGUGCUGCCCUGCGUUGGACCACCGGGCCUCAUCACGUCCUUCACGUGGCCCUAUGCUUUGGUCUGGCGGCCGCCACCCUCAUCCAGUCCAUUGGCCACAUCAGUGGCGGCCACAUCAACCCUGCAGUUACCUUCGCCUACCUUGUCGGGUCACAGAUGUCCCUUUUCCGUGCAUUUUUUUAUAUCUUCGCUCAGUGCCUGGGGGCCGUGGCUGGGGCUGCAGUCCUGUAUGGGGUCACACCCGGCAACAUGAGAGGCAACAUGGCAAUGAACAUGCUGCAGCCUGGCAUGAGCCUGGGGAUGGCCACAACAGUGGAGGUCUUUCUUACCCUUCAGCUCGUUGUCUGCAUCUUCGCAGUGACAGAUGAGAGGAGAAACGGUCGCCUGGGAUCAGCAGCUCUCUCUAUUGGUUUCUCUGUCACUGUUGGGCAUCUCAUGGGGAUGUACUACACUGGUGCUGGAAUGAACCCUGCUAGGUCCUUUGCCCCUGCGGUGCUCUUCAGAAACUUUAUCAACCAUUGGGUGUACUGGGUUGGGCCUAUGAUUGGGGGUGCCAUGGGAGCCAUCCUGUAUGAUUUCAUGUUGUUCCCACGUAUGAGAGGUCUCUCCGAGCGCCUGGCCACACUGAAGGGAAGUCGACCCCCGGAGAGUGAGGCUCAGCAGGACACUCGAGGGGAACCGAUCGAGCUCAAAACGCAAUCCCUAUAAACCGGCCCAGUCCCUUUUCUCUGAAAGGAGGGGUGAGGGACAGAUCCCUAAGCUAUGCUGACCCCCACCUCAAAUGUUCCCCCUCGACCCCGUGUCUUCACACGCUUCAGUGUACAAGACUAACCCAAAAUGUUUACAGAUAAUCUAAAAUAUAGAUUUGCCACCUUCAACCUCAGCACACAACAAAAGUCCUCAACCCCCCACAGCUUUAUAACUGUAAUCCACAUAGGACAUGGUGCUUUUUAGAAAUGUUAACCAAUAUUCACCUUCUCUUCUCUCCAUUGCUGCCCGGUAACCCAAACAGAGCAGUGUGGAGGAGAAGGGGGGAGUAUGAAGGUGAUGAAGGGUGAGAGGGAAUAAUAGAGAUGGGAGUUAAGUGGGAUUAGGGUUUGGAGAACGACAGAGAAAUGGAAACCUGUAAUCUUUAGGUUGGGUUAGAUCAGUGAAGAUGGGCUUGCUUUUCAUUAAUCAUCUAAGCUUAUCUCUUUUUUUUAUAUUUUCUAAUUUUAUUUCCUGCCCUUUUGGACACAAGAUGUGGAUGUAAACUACCUUUUGAUUUUCACAGGGUUUCAAUCAAUUUAAUCACCACAUUUUAUCUGUAGGUUGUGUGUUUGUUGUAGAGAGGAAGAAAGUGAGAGAGUGAGUGCGUGGGCGCGGCUGUUCCUGUAUGUGAGCAUGUUUGCAGGUGAGCACAUGUUUAUCUGCUUACUUGUGUUUUCAAGUGUGCAGAUCCAAUAUUUCUUUUUUUUUUAUUUUCAUAACCUCUGUUCUGUUUUGUACUGUUGCCCGUAUUUAGUUUGCCAUGCCAUUUCUCCUCUCCCAUCCUGUUUGCUGUCUGACAGUUAUUUGCUCUAAUAUUCAUUUUUACAUAAACCAUUUGCUUUUUGUUCUGAACCAGCAUUAUCCACAACAGAUGUUGUAUCCCAGAUAUUUGGUCUGAUUUAAACUGGGAGAACAAGGUGUUUCAAUAAAAAAAAUGCAUAAA